AUGAGCGGGGCCGCCCUGUGCGCGGCGCUGACGGAGCUGGGGUUCGACGGGGAGGACCCGCUGGACGCGGACGCGCUGGAGUGGCCGUUCCAGUACGAGGAGGCGCGCCCGCUGCUUGCCUGGAUCUGCUCCUGCCUCCGCCCCUCCAACGUCCUCUCCCCGUCCCACCUGGCCCAGUAUGAACAGCUCGUGGAAGAGGGAAGACUGUUAGAGGGUGAAGAUUUGGACUCUGCUUUUGAUAGUAUUUCAGCCUUUUCAAGCAAGAAAGACAAUCAAGAGGCUGUGUUUGGAUCUGAAGAAACCAUUCUUGAUAUCCGUGAAGCAAAACUAGCAUAUAGAGCCGAAGUUUUUGAGUUACAAAAGCAGCUUGCACGGCAGCAAGCACAAUUUGAUUUGCUUGCAGGCCAGGCUUCAACUCUUAUUCAAGGUAGAAGGGCACGUGUUUCUGCUAUGUCUGCAGUUAGUGGAGAGCUCAUAUCGUUAGAUGAGAUACUUUCUUCCAGAAACUUGGAGAUGAAUGCAGUUCUUGGAAGAAUCGCUGCUACUACCCAGGAACUGGCCCAUUAUCAUUCAGGGGAUGAGGAAAGUAUAUAUUUGGCAUAUUCAGACUUCCACCCCUAUGUUGUUGGCGACUUGGCUUGUACGAAAGAGCUAAAUAGGUGGUUCUCAAAGCAAUUUGAGAAGGGGCCAUUUCGACUUGUUGCUGAGGAGGGGAAAUCCAAAUGUUCUUGGGUUAGUCUUGAUGACAUCACUAAUUGCUUGAUAAGAGGAGAUUCUGAAAAAUCUCAUCAUCACCAACGCGUCGCUGAGUUGCAACGACUUCGUUCCAUAUUUGCAACAAGUGAAAGACAGUGGAUUGAAGCACAGGUUGAGAAUGCUAAACAGCAGGCUAUACUCUCUAUAUUGAAAGCACAAGUGUCAUCCGACGAGGCUCACAUACAUAGGGAUAUCCAUUCUCUUAGGAGAAAAGGUUCUGAGCUUGCUGGAGAGCUCUCAACACUUUCUCAAAAGGUGCAAGCUUUGGUAUCUGAGACAAUACCAUGUCUGUGUUCAGAACUUGCUCAACUUCAAGGCACAUAUAUAUUGCAAGGGGAUUAUGAUUUAAAGGUCAUGCGCCAGGAGUACUACAUUAACAGGCAAAAAACGUUCAUCAAUCAUUUGGUUAAUCAGCUUGCCAGACACCAGUUUCUGAAGAUCACUUGCCAACUUGAAAGGAAGAAUAUAGCUAGGGCGUACUCAUUGCUUAGAGUAAUAGAAUCUGAGUUACAAAGCUACCUCUCAGCAGUCAAUACCCGCUUGGGUCAUUAUAAUUCAUUAAUUCAAGCUGCAUCUGAAGUACGAGAACAAGGAGCUAUUGAUGAUCGUGACACUUUCCUCCAUGCAGUGCGAGAUCUCCUAUGUAUUCACUCAAAUGUCCAAGCAACAGUGCCAACAUAUAUGUCAGCACAUGCAUUGGUUCAGCAGAUAUCAGCACUUCAAUCUGACUUGCUUUCUCUUCGGUCUGAGCUGGAGAACACCCUUCCAGCUGACCGGAAAAGAUGUAUCAAUGAGUUGUGUACUCUGAUUCAAACAGUGGAACAGCUUCUAUUUGCGUCGUCAACUACUGCAGAACCAAUAUUGACGCCUUGGCCAUUGAUGCGGGCGCUUGAUGAUAUGGAAAAUGCCAACGCUCAAGUUGAAGUUUCCGUGGAAGAAGUAACCAAGGCUCGCACCCAGAAGAUAAAGAUCUUCGAAAAUCGUGCCCAUGAGGUGGGGAGGGAGCGACAAAUAUUUAUCGAUUUCUUCUGCAACCCUGAGCGCCUCAAGAAUCAAGUCAGAGAGCUGACCUCCCGUGUGAAAGCUCUCCAGGACUAG